UCCAGAAUCUGUACCUCUCCACUCCAUAGCCAUGGAUUCAAAAGUGUGUUCAUUGUUGCCUUUUGAAUUGCUGGAAGAGAUACUUUGUAAGGUUCCAACUAAGUCUCUUAUACGACUCAAGUUAACGUGCAAACAAUGGCUCGCUCUGUUCAAAGACAAGAGAUUCAUUUACAAGCACUUAGCUCUCCUCCAGGAACAUAUCAUACGGACCAAUCAUAUUCAUAUGGUUAGGAUCAUCAACCCGGUAAAUGGAGCUAUCUCAUCUUUAUCACUUCCACACGAGUUUGAGCUUAAAUCUGAGAUUCAUGCUAUGAUUCACUGCGAUGGAUUAAUGCUGUGCAUCCUAGAAGUGGGUCCGGUUGCAUUGUGGAACCCAUGUUUGCAAAAGGUUAGAUGGAUCAAGCCCCUGAUCAGUUCUUACCCUGGUUGUUAUAUCUAUGGCAUUGGAUACGACGGUUUGUCUCGGGAUGGGUACAAAUUCUUGAGGUUUGUGAAUGGUGUUUUUACCACUAACGAGUACUCAAACACAGGGUUGGACAAACCAGAGGUCUACAUCUACGACUUCAAGUUGGAUUCUUGGAAAAUUAUUAAAGUUUCUUUGGAUUGGCAUGUGGUUUCGCGUUGUAGAAGUGUGUCCCUCGAAGGAUACAUGUAUUGGGUUGCUAAAUGGAAUCGUAAACGCGACAUGUUCAUCCAAUGUUUCAACUUCUCCACAGAGACAUUCGAGCCCUUGUGCAGUCUUCCCUUUGAUUAUGGUGAAGAUGAUGUUGUAGAUUUAUCAGGUUUCAAAGGAGACAAUCUUUCUUUGUUACACCAAAGCAAAGAGACAUCAAAGAUUGAGGUAUGGGUUACAAACAAGGUCAAGAACGGGGCGAGCACCUCAUGGACCAAGUUCUUUAGUGUGACUGAUCAUCUCCUGGUAUUGAGAUCUGUUGACAAUUUUGCUAAUCCGGUGCAUUUCAUUGAUAAGAAUAAUAAGAUCGUAGUAUGUUGUGAGGAACUAGUGGCAGAUAGGAAUAACGUAGCAGUCAACAUUUACCUAAUUGGAGAAGGUGAGAUCAUAAGACAAGCUGAGAUAGAGCGACAUCAACGGGGUUUUAGUUGGCCUUUUGUCUCCGGCUAUGCAUAUCUUCCAAGUCUUGUUCCGGUUCCAACAUAGGAGGAUCAUCAUAAACCGAAUAAAACAUUUACAUAAGUGAUGGAAUUUCAGAAGGCAGCACAUGGGUCUGGUUGGGGUGCAGAUUAUUCCGCUGUCUCCAUAUUGCGUAGAUGACUGACUGGCAAACCAAUUGGCGAAGGGUUGACGGCGACCUUUCAGUGCCGUUAUUCAUCCAAUAGACCAAUUGAUGCCAUGAGCCAAGGCUGGUAGAUGGCAGGUCCAAUUUCCUACUUACAGAGUGCCAAAGGAAAUGGACGAAGUAGGUGAUCUCGGGUUCCGGUUGUAUGGAGCAGAGACCACAUGCAGAGUUAAUAUUCAUUCCCCACCUGACCAGUCUUGUCUUUGUAGGAAGGCGAUCCAGAUUAGCAAUCCACAUAUGAAAUGCAUGCUUCAGCGUAGCCCCUUUGAACCAAACAGUCUGAUGCCAGUUGACAACCUCUACUCAUGGUCUCAGAGCCUUCCAGGUGGACAUGGAGUUGGAGGGCCUGCUCAGAAUGUGGGUCAGCAAGCUUCCAUCCAGCUGCAUCACAAGCAUUUGCCACUGUGGCUUGUAGAGGAAUCCUUAAGUCUCUAGGGCCUUGAUUACUGAUAUAUUUGAUUAGCGGACCAAAAGGGGUCCAGUUGUCAAACCAUAAACUUGAUAUUCUUCCAUUUCCGAUCUUGCACAUAAUAAAUCUUUCAGCCAAGAUUCUCAACCUUAGGAGACACUUCCAGUUUCAAGAGUCUGAGACUGUUUCUGAUUGAUCCCAGAAGCUUGUUACCUUGCUAAAGUUGUGGAAUUUGUGUCAGGC